AUGCACCCUAACCUUGUCAGGUUAAUUGGAUUCUCGACGGCCACAAAAGAGAGGGUGCUUGUUUUUGAAAGGAUCGCAAUGGGCUCUUUACAUGCACACCUUCAUGGAAGCUCAAAGAAGUCGUUAGACCUUGACUGGAAGUGCCGGGUCCAAAUCUCUCUUGGUGUAGCCAGAGGUUUGAAUCACCUUCAUCAGGUGAGUCCUUUCAGGUAUAAUGGCAGGCAACCGUCUGAGUGCAGCUCAGACGUUUAUGCGUUUGGAGUUUUGCUGUUGGAGUUGCUGACGGGACGAAAGGCUCUGGAUACGUCAAGAGGGUCACACGAAUCCCUCCUUGCCGAUUUUUUUAAGCCCAUGCUCAAUGACACACAAACCCUGCUGACGUACAUAGACCCAAGAAUGCAGGGACAUGGUGCUGCUGGUGGCUCGCUACUAGGAACGCAUUCGACGUCCCUGAGGGACGGCGCGCUGGCGAAUGAUAUGGACGAGGCGCUUCUGCACCACGCGCGCAUGCUCGCGCGCGAGCGCAGCAAGCGCGCGGAAGCCUCUGCGCGCCGAGAGGAAGCGGAGGCGCGGUGGCGGGCGGCGCAACAGGAGACGGACGGUCUCCGCCGUGAGCUGGCCGCGCUGCUUUCGCGCGAGGCGGAGUGCGCGGGAGUGUCCGCGACGAUCGUUGGCGGGGGGUUGGGGAAAGCAGGCGCGGGGAUGGGGGGGCAGUUGGCGGAAUUAGAGCGCGAGAUGGGAGAGUUGCGGCGGGACGUGGGGGAGGUGACGCGGUGGGUGCGCAAGAGCGGGAUGCGCGCGCGGGAGGGAUGGCGCGCAAUGGAGGGGAUGAUGGGGCGAAUGCGGAGGCGGAUGGAUAGAGCGAGAGGGGAGGAAGGCGCGGCAGGAGGCGGAGGAGAGGUAAGAGGCGGGGGUGCAGAGGAGUGCGCAUGGGAGAGACGCGGAAAUGAAGCGGAGAGGGAAGAUUGUGGAAUGGGAGAGGAGCUUGGAGAUGCGUGGAGCGUGCUUGGAGUGUGGGGAGGCGAGGCUGCGAGUGCGGAGAGUGAAAAAGAGGUGGUUUUCGAGGGGGACCGAGGAGGGGAGGAGUCUUGUGUAAGUCAUGGGCUUGGGAGGGAAAAGCGGUUGAAACAAGGUGGAGGGGACUUGAGAAGGAUUCAGGAGGUAGACGGGGGGCUUGAAAGGACGUGCGAAGGGGAGUGUAAGGGAGAGUGUGAGGGAGGGUGCGAGGGAGAGUCUGAAGGGGAGUACGAAGGGGAGUGUGAGGGGGUGUGUGAUGGGGGCGAGGUAGGAGGCAUGACGCAUGUGUUAGCAAGGGUGGAGGCGGAGUUAAAGCAGGUGCAGGCGCAGGUGAAGUGGGUUGCAGGCAGGCGGAGCGAGGUGCAGCAGUGCAUUCACGCAGUGUGGGCGCGCAUGGUGCUGCUGCUACAGGGGCAGGUGGAAAGGGCACGUCAGGAGGAGAAAGACGGGAUGAAAGAGGAGGGAAGGAGGGCGCAAGUAAAGGUGCUGGAGAGAUUGCUGAGAGAGGAGGAGGUGGGGAUGAGGGAAGUGAGGGAGAGAGUGAGGGUGAUGGAGGCACAGUUUGAGGAGGAGAGGGAGAAAGUGAGUGUGAGAGAGGGGAGGGUGGAGGUGCUGGAGAGUGAAGUGCGGGAGGCUGAGAAGAACGAGAGAGGGGUGAGGGAGGAGGCGGAAUGGAAGGGAGUGAGAGUGAGGGAGUUAGAGGAGGAUGUGAGGGAGAAAGAGGAGAAGGUGAAGGAGCUUGAGAGUAGGUUGGUAAAGGCAGGUGUUGCAAUGAGGGAAGCGGAGGAGUGGCUGCUAGUGGAAAAGGAGAGGACUGGGAGGUUGGAGGAGAGAGUGAGGGAGCUUGAGGAGUUGGUGAGAGCGAGAGAGGUGGAAGAGACGAAGGAAGUGGUAGCAGAAGAGGUGAGGGAGACGCCGAAGCAGGUUGUGCUGGUGGAGGUGGGGGUAGAGGCAGAGGUAGAGAUAGGAGCAGAGGUAGAAGAGCGGAGGAAGCAGGCUGGGGAGCUGGAGAGGGCGGCGGGGGUGAGAGAGGGGUGCGCGAGGUGUGUGGGGGAAGAGAGUGUGCGGAACGGUGUGUUGGAGGAGGAGGUGAGUGAGUGGCGGAAGCAGGUGGAGGUGAUGGGAGGGGAGGUGGAGAGAGGGAAGGAUGCGGUGAGGGAGAUUGAGGAGGAGGUUAGGAGGCUGAGAGGGGAGGUGAGGGCGUGGGAGGAGGAAGCUGGUAGGUGGAAGGUAGAGGCGGAAGAGAGAGAGAGGAGAGUUGUGGUGCUUCAGGGUGAUGUGGCGGUGCUGCAGGGUGAGUUGACAGCGCGCCGUGCUGAGCUGGCGAGGGUUUGUGCUGAGGUGGCCGCAGCGAGAGAAACAAUCUCGGAUCUAGAGGGAAAACUGCAGGAGCAAGAGGGGAGGGUAAGACAGCAGGAGGCAAGGGCAAGGGAGCAGGAGGAGAGGGUAGAGGCUUUAGAGGAUCAGGUAGCAGCGAGAGAUGCGAGAAUACGAUGGAUGGAGAAGGCUGGGCUGGACACUUGUGCGAGGUUGAGAGCAGUGCAGGAGGAGGUGAGGGCGCGGGAGGAGAGUAUAGCGGAGAUGGUGAGAGAGGUGGGUGUGCUGGGGAGAAGAGUGGAGGAGGCAAGGGGAGAGGCGGUGGAGCAGGGGGAGAGAGUGAGGGAGCUUGAGGGGGUGGUGAGGGAGAUGGAGAGGGAGAGAGAGGAGGGACGGAUGGGCGGGGUGGAGACGGGUGGGGGGAGAGGGACAGGGAAGGGAGGAGAGAUGGAAGGGGGGGAGAUGAGAUUUGGAGAGUGGAAAGGGGAGGGGAGGGAAGGGAUGAGGAGCACGAUGGUAGUGAGGGCUGGUUGUGUGGAUGAUGCAAGGGAGGUUGUGGGUGGUGUGGGUGCAGGUGUGUGUGUGGCGAGAGGGACGGAAACAGAGGUAGUGGGUGUGAGAGCGGAGGAAAAUGAUGGGACAUCCGUGGUUGGUAGUACAGAAGAGAAUGGUGCCAUAGCUGUUAUGGAAGAGGAAAUGAGAGGAGAAGGAACAGGGGAAGCAGAAGGGGCAGGAGCAGCAGGAGCGGCAGGAGGGGCAAGAGAAGAGGGGGGGAGGGAUGGAUUGGUGAAAAGGCAGGGAGAGGAGGAGGGAGAGGCGGCUUUGCUGAGUGAGCAGGUGCGGGAGAAGGAAGAGAGAGUGAAGGAGCUGGAAGGAGAGAUAGACAGGGUGAGAGGGGAGGUGACGAAAGAGGUAGAGAGAAGGGUAGGCAUGGAGCGGGAGCUGGGGAAAGAGAAGGAGCGGCGGAGAAUGGUGGAGGCGUCAAAAGCACAUCUGUUUCUGCAGCACCAGUCGGUACAGGAGCAGGUGUACAAGCUAAAGAUGCUGAUGGAAGGGCAGAGGAGGGAGGUGGAGAGCAGGCAAGCGGCGGAGAGGCGAGCAGUGGAAGAAGCAGAGGAGGCUGAGAGAGUGCAGGAGGAGCUGCAGGGAGUGAUUGCAAUGAGGGAGAGAGAGCUGGAGUUGCUGGGGGAAGAGAAGGAGGCUGGGGAGAGGAGGGGGAUGGAGGAGGUGGAAGGGUGGAGGGAGAGAGUGAGGGAGGUGGAGGGUGAGGUGGAGGAGAAGGGGAGGGAGGUUGUGAGGCUGGAAGGGGAGGUGGUUGCGUUGAGAGAGAGAUUGGGAGGAGCAUUGGGGGAGUUGGAGAGGGUGGGAGAGGAGAGGGAUAGGCUGCAGCGGUUGGUGGGGGAGAUGGAAGGGCGGGUGGGGGGGUUGGAGGGAGAGAGAGAGAGAGUGGAGAGUGAGAAGAGGGCAGUGGUUGAGGAGGUGGGGAGAGUGAGGGAGGAGAAGGAGGAGGUGGAGAGGAGAGUGGGGGAGAUGAGGGAGGAGGUGGAGCGAGUGCGAGAGGAGGCGGACGUGCUAAAAGAGAGGGUGGUGGGGCUUGAAGAGGAGGUGGAAAGAGAUAGGAGGGCGAAGGAGGAGGCGGAGAGGGAGAGGGAGAAGGUGAGGAAGGAGGUGGAGAGAGGGAGAGAGGUGGCUGUGGCGCAGAGGCAGCGGAUGGGGGCGAUGGAGGGUCGUGUGGUGAGCCUGCAAGAGGAGUGUGAGGCGCUGCAUGAGGUGGUGCAGGCGAGGGAGAGGAGAGUGCGGGAGGUGGAGGAGGAAGGGGAGAGGAGAGUGAAGGAGGUGGAAGAGGAGGGGAAGAGGAGAGUAAGGGAGGUCGAGGAGGAUGGGGAGAGGAGAGUGAGGGAGGUGAAGGAGGAGAAGGAGAGAGCGGAGGAGGACUUUGGGCGGGUCGUGGAAGAGAGGGAGGAGCUUAGGGCGAAAGUGAAGAGUUUCCAAGAAGAGGUGGAUAAUUUGAGGAGAGAGGUGAGGAAGAGGGAAGAGGAAGGUGAGGGGGAGAGAAAAGAACGGUGGGAGGUGGAGAGAGAGGGGGAGCGGUUGCGCAAGGUGGUGGAGGAGAGGGAGGAGGAGGUGAGGAGGGUGAGAGGAGAGGAGGAGCGGAAGGAGAAAGAGGUGGAGGAGAUGCAAGGGGAGAGAGACAGGUGGAAGGGGUUGGCGGAGGAAAGGGAGAGGAGGGUGUGUGAGAUGGAAGGGAAGGUGAGAGAGAUGGAGGAGAGGGAGGUGGGAUGGAAAGACAAAGAACGGGAGUGGAAGCAUAAGGAGAUUGAUUGGAAGGAGAGGGAGGAGCAGUGGGAGAAACAGGUGGGGGAAGCUAGGAGGGCUGCAGAGGAUGCAAGGGAGGGGAUGAACCAAGGAAGAAGGCGAGAGGAGAAACUCAGGGAGAAAGUGCGGCAUGGGGAGGAGGAGGUGGGGAGGCUGAGACGAGUGGUAGGGGAGAUGGAGCGAGAACGAGAUGAGCUCAAGGUCCUGGUGGUAGAGGGGGCGAGGCGAGUGGGGGACGCAGAGGGGGAGGUGCAGCGGUUGCGGUGUAGGGUGGAGGAGAUGGGGAGGGAGAUGGCGAGGGGUGUGGAGGAGGAGAGGAGGAGGAGCGUGGAGGAGGCGGGGAAGGGAGAGGUGGUGCUGCUGCAGGUGGCACGAGCGGCGGAGGAGGUUGUGGUGGUGAGGAGGGAACUGGAUAGGGUGAGAGGGGAGAAUGAGGCACUGAGUGGGGAGAUUGAGACGCUGAAAGGGGAAAACAAGACUCUGAGAGGGGAGAUUGAGAUACUGAAGAGGGAUGGAGAGCAGUGGGCAAUGCAGCAGAGCCAGGAGAGUGGGUGUUUGGGGGGGAUGGGCGAGCAGCAGGGGGACGCGAAUGGGAGCAGGGUGCAUGGAGGUGUGGAGGGAGAGAGUGAGUGGGCAAGAGGGGCGAGAGAGGAGGAGCGGUGGGUGGAGGGAUUGGAGGAGAAGAGUAGGGAGGUGAGAAGGUUACAGGGCGAGGUCGCAGCUGCAAGGGCUGAGACACAGAGGGUGGACGCAGAGAGAAGGGCUGCUGCUGCGGCAAGGGAGAGUGAGGCGGAGGAACGGGAGAGAGUGGAGGGGAAGUGGCGGGAGAGUGAAGAGGUGGUGUGUGUGCUUAUGCGAGAAAUAGAGGAGCUGAGGCGGGCAGGGCAGGCACGGGAGGUGGAGGCCCGGCAACUGGCUGGAGCGGCAGCAGAGGGCCGGGGAGCGGCAGGGCAGCAGCGCAAGCAGCGUGGUGGGCGGAGCACGGGCAAGGGCGCGGUGCUGCAGGGGUGGCAGGCGAGGGAGAUAGAGGCGCACAUCCAGCACAUGGAACGCGUGUGCCACCGCUUCCAGGAGGCUCUAGAGGCAAAGCGGGAGCAGGUGGGGCGAUGGGAGGCGGCAGUGAGGGAGGUGGUGAGGGGGGCGGAAGAGGAGAGGGCAGCGCGGGAUGCAGCACUGCGCACUCUCAUGGGGGAGCUAGCGUCACACCAGUCACAGUUGCAGUGA